AUGUGGGUUCCGCGAAAAGGUCGUGGUACUGCUGUGCCCCAAAAAGAGUACAUUCUGCGGCCUCCCCUGCCCCGGCGGCGGUGGCGCUGGUCCAGCAAGUGCGACAGUGGGAAAGACCAGGGAGCGGACGCAAAGCAACGAACAUAUUUCCGCAAUCGCCCAGAAUUCGCAGUGAUGUCGAGCGCCUCGAGAUACUUCAAGACGACCCCGUCGGACAGCCGGUUUCCCACGGUGAACCAGGCCAACCACUGCUGGUGAGAGACGAAGCGCCGGUGCACCGACUUGUCAACGAGUGAAACGUCCCCUGUCUCUGAGAUGAAACAUUCGGCACCCUCUCUACCAUGGUGGCACGUGACUCUCUCCCACCCUCGUGGCUGGCAUGUGUGUUUGCCGUUUGUUUUCUUCCACAAGACGUAGCCGCAAGCAGUGUUCAACGCACUCCCCGAUGUUCGUGUGCAUCACUGCUGUGCAGCACCAUCAUCACGGCGAGUAGACCCGAACUGCCGUGCAGUCGGGAGACCUGGUUGUUGUCAUCAUCUGUAUGCGGGUGUGUGGAGAAACAAUUACACUUGCUUGGGGUAGCGUACAGCGGAUCGGUGAAAGGAAGUAGACUUGUGUUGCGUUCAAUUUGUUCUGGAUGAGUUUCGUUAUUCACGAUGAAUAUGCCUUUUCGCAUCUGCGCUACGUACAUGCCGGUCGCCCCGGUAGUGUAGAGGGUAGCCUCACAGCCUGCAAGGGCCAGGUCAUGGGUUCGAGUCUCGGUAGAGUGAAUUUUUGUUCACUAAUGAAUCCUGGUCUAGGAUGAAAGCGACGCGUUGCAAAGCUCGUUGUUAGUAAACCAUAAUCGACUUCGUAAGUCGCGAGGGAGGGGAUUGCUGUAGUCUUCUCGCGAUAAAAAAACCUCAGGCAGGAACCGCAGGAGGGGGUCCAGCCCCCCCCUCCUAUGUGACCCCGGUUGGGUCGUCUAGCUGGUAGAAGUGGAGGAUAGGGGCCAGAGGAGCAGACGACAGAAUCCAAUGAUGAGAGAAAAAAAAAAAAAUGUAGCAGCUGCGUUGUAUGUUGUAUCCAUAGAUUAUGUUGUCUUGUAUGUACUCUGAAGUUGUGCGAGUUGCCAUGCAACCCAACCAUCCUGGUGUGCUGUACAUGCAUGCCUCCAUGCUGUGCAUAUGCACAUGUUUCGAUGCAUCUCAGGAACUCUCCCAAUUAUAGGGUUCUCGGAUGGUUCUGCCGCAACGAAACAACGUCGCUAUGAAGCCCAUGUUUUUGUUUGUCGGUGUUUCUGCCCCGUCGAGGCCCAUCCAAGCAGGGAAGACAUGAAUGUGGUGACAUCGGCCGUGACAUGACGCACCUACAGAGAGAAAAUGCUUUGUCGGCCUUAUAUGCAUACUGCAGCUUGAAACGCGGCCAUCAAGGAAAGCAUUCACACAUGUUGUACACGCAGAGAACAGAGUGUACAACCGCCGAGAAUAUUUGACCACUCAGCUACCGCAGCAGUGUCGACCAAGUCUCUCACGUGGUGAGUCUCUGCCUGUGUGGGACAAUCGCCCACGUGUUGGACGAGAUAUUCCGAUGGUGUAAUAAAUUUCAUUACCUAAGACAAAGGCUCCCCUCCCAUACAAGGGGUCCAACAAAAAAAAAUGAAUUACUUCGCGCGAAGCGCGAAAAGAAGGGUCGGAGAGAGCAUCAAAGCAAGCGUAGAUCGAUAUGGAUGGAGCUUACACCACCACGUAGGUCACCAGUGCGCACGCUCACACCUCACCCGAUACCACCAGUCAGUCAGGGGAUGAGUGGGAGCGCUGUUUAGCUCCCGUCAUCAUCAGCUCAGCGGCAGCAGUGCUGCUGCUGCUGCUGCUUGCUGUUGCUGCCGCUUCUGCUGCUGUGCAUGGGUGUGCACUUGCUUUCUUCGCUUUCGCUACUAGCAGAGGGCAACGGGCUCUAAAAAUUGGCCCGAACCCCGCCCACGACGUGUGUAUUUGGCCGCCCUUGGCUUACAGCGCUGUGUACGUCUCACUUGUCUCUGUUUCCGGGGUGCGUCUGUUGUGGAAGCAAAGAUCGGCCGGCAGACGAACAGACCGCAGACAUAGAUCUGACUUGUGUGCACUCGCAUGUUGCCUCGCUUACGCUGCUAGCAGAAGGUCUCGGGGUCUAAAAAUAGCUUCCGACGCCAGCCAUGAUGUGUGCCUUUGGCCGGCCUUGGCCCACAGCAGUGUGUAGGCCUCGUUUUCUCUGUUCGUUCCGGGGAUGCGUCUGUGCGGGAAGCUCCAAAGAUUGGUAGGUUGAGGGUGAUGCAGACCGACCGCGGAUUGACUUUCGUCGUCACUCGCUUGUGCUGCCGACAGCAGGCAACGGACUGCAACAGUCAUACCCAACGCCUCCCGUGAUGUGUGCCUUUGGCUGCCCUUGGCCUACAGCAGUCCGAAUACUGCUGUGCUGGUCGUAUCGUACGUUGUCUACGUGAAUGUGUAUCGUGCUGCUGUGCAAGAGGAUUUCGGUGAUGCUGCCGAGAGCGCCGUGCCCAUCACCCAAUCAUCU